GACCAUGUGGUGGCGGUAGCUUGCGUUUCGCCGAUAUCCGCAGAAGAAGAAAAGGUUUCCGCCUUUUACCGGAAGUACAGUCGCUCAACUUUGCCGGAGUAAAGUCGCUAACACGAUGCUGGAAAAGUCAGACAUGAAGAAGACCCAGAAAAGAGGUGACAAGAAAAGGCCCGACCAUGCAGAUGCCGGCCAUGGAGGAGAGAAGAGGCGGAAAACGGCGGAAGACGGGUGGAAGGCUCCAGGCGAUCGUGGGAAAAAGCGUCUGGACGCGGAGAGCGUCGGCUACUUUCGUCGAAUUGGGGAGAGACUGAAGGAAGACUUUGAAGAUGCUGAGGCGAGAGCGAUGUUUGUGGAGAACAUCCUGCGCGAAGUCCAAGGCAAAGCGGCCGCGGUGGCGACGGAUUGCACGGGCAGCAUCGCUCUGCAGCGCCUCCUCCCGCUGUGCAGUCCCGGCCAGGUGGCGGAGGUGCUGUCUGAGCUGGGCGGCGAAUCGGGGUCAGAGUUCAAGGCCGUUUCCUGCGACCAAUGCGGCGGCCAUGUCGUGGAGAGCGCCGUCAGACAGGUGUCCAGGUCAGCAGAGCCCUCUGCAACCGCCGAUGACGAGGAGGAGGAUGGCGACGACGGUGUCCUGGAAGUCCAGGUGUUGUCUUUGAGUCGAGUGGUAAGAGACAACAUCUCAGAGUUCAUCAACCACGGUCACGGCUCCUACGUGCUCCGCACACUCCUGCAUGUGCUGGCUGGCUGUGUAGGACCUCCCCGCACCGAACCACGUCCAGGAACAAAAGACCGCAACGCCCCCCCUCAGCUGACAGACUUUGAGAUCCCUACAUCGUUCUGGUACGAGCUGAAGAGCCUCACAGAGAGUCUAAUGGACAAUGUAAAAGUAAGCAUCGCCGGCUCUGUUGCCAGCGCCGUGUUCCAGACCAUGUUGACCGUGUGCCACAGGAAACGACCCAAACUCUGCAAGCAGCUCCUGAGGCGCACGGCCGUGUACUUGACGAGUUGCUCCGCUGCUCCCGGUGUCAGUCCCCUUCUGGUUUUUCUCAAAGACCAAGCCGCCAGUCGCCUCAUCGAGACCGUCGUUCAGCUGUCGCCCAAGUCCCUCCUCUGUGACCUUUACAAGAACCACCUCAAGGGUCAGCUGGUCGACCUCGCCCUCCAUCCAAUCGGUAACUUCCCCAUACAGAGGCUGACCGCCGUCACGGCCAAAACCAAGCUGUUUGUCAGCUUGUUCGACGAGCUGCUCGAAGGCGUGGAGGCCAUCUUGGCAUCAGGUCACAUGGGUGUGAUCGUGCAACUGGCAGAAAGUUGCGCAGAAAGUGGAGAAAGACAGGAAGAAUUAAUGCAGUGUCUACUCAAUGCAUUCCACUGUGCAGAGCCCGGCUCUCGGCAUGUCUACUGCCUCCCUCUCUUCAUGUCCCUUCUCACCUAUGAAGUGUACUACCACUCUGACACAGCAGAGGGCAGUACACAGACCCAGGUCCCUCUGUCCUCCAUCUGUUACCAUGGCUCCCGACUGGUGCAGGCGCUCACCAGGUUCAAGGAGCGCUCCCACCUCCUCAGCAGUCUACGUGCGCUGACCCCGGAGGACCUCCUGACCAUGGCGUGUGACCCGUCUGGCAGCCACGUCCUCCAAGCUCUCAUCACCACAUCCAGCGACAAGGGGCGGGGGAAGAUCCUCAGGAGGCUGGAGGGUUUGUACGUGCGGAUGGCGUGCUCCAGGUUGGGCAGUCGAUUGCUGGAGGCCAUAUGGAGCAAUGCCUCAGUCAGUCACAGACAAAGUAUCGCACAGGAGCUUGCGCCGGGCGAAAUCCAGCUGAGGUCGGACCAAUUUGCCCGCCACGUGUGGGGGAAAUUCGCACUCUCACACUUUAUUCACCGCCGAGCCGUCUGGCAGGAAAUCCAAACCGGCGAGUCCAAGAAGCGCAAACUUUUCAAUGAUAUUCUGGAGUAGAACUAAAAAGGCCUUUCAGUACGUUUUUAUUACAUUUGAUUAUGACCACCGUGUAAAUUCCAAUAUUAACCUCUUAAGGCCCAAGCUGUUUGUUUACAUGUUUUUUUUGCUAUUUGGGCUUAUUGGACCCUUAUUAGAAUAAAAACAAAAAAUAAUUUUUUGAUAUGAUGUACUUAGUCCAUAAGUACAUAAAUGUGUACUUAAUGUUUAGUGACAUUCUAAUUCUUAUUUUUACACUAUUUUUUUCCAAAUUCCAUUUUAUGUUAUACUCCUCUGACACCACCAGAUGGCAGUAUAAGUGUCCACAUAAGUGGCCAUAAGACCCCAAUUCAGUAGUGUACACAAUUUUGGAAAUAAAAGCUAAAAGGUGCUGUCCCCGCAUGUGGCUACUAAGCCUUUAGAGGUUAAAGAAGAUAACAUUGUAUCGAUAUUGGAAUGUAUCUUCCUAUGUUAGACAGAACAAACACCACUAAUAAGAGCAGGAAUAAAACUCAGACUUACUAAA